GGGGCCAGCCCGCCGCGUGACCGGCUGCAGUCACGCUGUGCUUAAUCACACUUAGUCUUUGCUCCAGGCUGGCCGUGCUCACCAUUCUCCCAGCCGGUGACCCCGGGGGAUUUCUUUUAUGGUGGCUUUUUCUCUGAAAUGCCAAAGCAACCCGAUUAUUCAGAACUGAGUGACUCUUUAACGCUUGCCGUGGGAACAGGAAGAUUUUCGGGACCACUGCACAGAGCAUGGAGAAUGAUGAAUUUCCGUCAGCGGAUGGGAUGGAUCGGAGUGGGACUGUAUCUAUUAGCAAGUGCAGCAGCAUUUUACUACGUUUUUGAAAUCAAUGAGACUUACAACAGGCUGGCCUUGGAACACAUUCAACAGCACCCAGAGGAGCCCCUUGAAGGAACCACGUGGACACACUCCUUGAAAACUCGGUUACUCUCCCUGCCUUUUUGGUUCUGGACAAUUGUUUUUCUGAUACCUUACUUACAGAUGUUUUUAUUCCUUUACUCUUGUACAAGAGCUGACCCCAAAACGGUGGGCUACUGUAUCAUUCCCAUAUGCUUGGCAGUUAUAUGCAAUCGCCACCAAGCAUUUGUCAAGGCUUCUAAUCAGAUCAGCAGACUACAACUGAUUGACACAUAAAAUCUGUCAUCAUUUUUUCCAAGUACAAAACUGCCAGUACGAUAUGGAGCCUGAUCACAAGACUGCAGUUUCUUCACAGAUCUCAGGAAGUUGUGGUGGGGCAGAAGCUUUUUAAAGAAUGUGGCUAGGGGGCUAACUUUAUCUGAAUAAUGAAUUUUUAGGUAAAGACUGAGAAUCAGUACUACAAAAUCAUGUGGAUGACUUCAGAUUUUGGAAGUAAAAUUUUAUCUGUUAUUUGCAUUCCUUAGAAACUUGAAUAAGUACCUGGACUCAUAUUUUUAUUUUACUGUGCAACAUAGUGAUAAUUCAGAAAAUUUUCCUUUGGGGAAAAACGAAUAUGAACAUUUCCAUUGUGCUUAAUGUAAAAAGGUCCAAACAUGGUCAUAAAAUUUAAAUUUUAUACAAUUACUUGGCUUGCUUUAAAAUUCUUCAAACUAAAACACCAGUUCAUCCCAUUGUAGCUAAGGCACUGUGCUCGUUUGCUAUUAGCUUGUGAGAAAUUGGUAUGAAAUUAUUGAGGUGAUGGGUGUCUUGAGAAGCAAAAUGUGUUCUUCCUUUUGGUAAUGCUAUGGGUUCUAUCCAUUAGCUAGAAUUAUUAAUGCAACUUAAAAAAAAACUACUUGGGGAAAGACAAUGUUUGAAAGCUGAGCAAUCUAACAUAUAGAAGAUGGAAACAAGGUGUUCAAUGAAAAUAGUCCAGUCCCUGUCAGAUGUGUGCUAUCUGAACGAUGCUCUCAAGUCACCGUCCCUCUGCUUUUCUUUUCUGCCUAAGGUCGAGUCUUCAGGCGACAGGUUAACUGCGUGAAGAUGUGAUCCCUGCACUGCCUCUUUUGCAUUUGUACUCACUACCUCAUGUCUGGUAACAAUACAAAUAACUGAAAAAUGGAAAACUAGAUUUUAGGAUUUUUUUUUCUUUUUUUCUGGGUGAGAUCAAGAUAUAUUUUUAUAGUUAUGUCAUCAAUACCAGAGAAAUGUUUUACACUGAUUUUUAAUAAGAAUCAUAACAUUUUUUGGUGCUUCUUCUCUUGGGCUCUAAGAGCUUUAACAUGAAUCAACUCAUGUAGUCCUCCAACAGCCCUAUGUUAUUAUUAUCCAGAUUUUACAGAUAAGGACAGUGAGCUGCAGUUCUGUAACUUGCCGAAGGCCACACAGCCAAGAAGCAAAGCCAGAGUCUAACCCGGCAUCUGAUGCCUUUACUCCUAAUCCCUGAGCUGUAGGGCUUCUCAGAGAUGACAGAUGUUUCAGCACUGGGUACUGUCUGCCUAACCAUGCUAAUAAAUGGAAAAGAACUGA